GCGUCCAAGCCGAAGCGAGUCAGGACAGGAUGUCUGACCUGUCGAGAGCGCCAUUUGAAGUGCGAUGAGGGUAUGCCAACAUGCAAUAAUUGCAAGAAGAGCAAUAGGCAAUGUAAACGAGGUAUUCGCCUCAACUUCAUCGACACCUGGACAGACAGACCGCCAACGUAUGUCACAUCGUGGGGCACGUCUGAAUGGAAGGUCGAGUUUAUGGACGAGUCUCGCGAGAUCGCAAGCGAGUAUGUUGGCGGAGCACAGCGAUACAAAAAGCUGGAGCAACAGGAAUCGCAAGCAAACCGGCCAUUGGAUUCUGCGAUUGCUUUCGAGUUCCCCCCCACUGCCGCACAGGUGGCCCCGAUGGCUCAGGCUCAGGCUCAGGCUCAGACUCAGCAUCAGGCUCAGCCUCUACCACCAAUCCAAGGCAUGCUUCCAGACACAUAUCCCGACCCCAAUCCUGCUCAGUCCAACAUGAACAACAUGUUUGAUCCUCACAGCAAACAUCUGGAGCCGAAUCACUUCCAGCAUCAAGCUCCACCCAACUCUGGUUCCACCACCCACUCACAUUUCAGCAAUGACACAGGUGUGCAUCCGGGUUCCGUCAACAGUUUCGCAACUUUUGAUGCUGACACUCUAGAUCCAGACAAGGAUAAAAAGGAGUAUCUCAACAAUCAGGAAGAAACUCUAUUUAUGCAAGUCUUUGUGGAGGAGGUCGGUCUCUGGAUGGACAGCAUGGACUCUCAGAAGCACUUUUCUCGUCUCCUCCCCUUUCACUCCCUGUCGGAGCCGAUGCUGCUGAAUGCAUUUCUUGCCUGUGGAGCCAGACAUCUAACACUGGUGAACCCGGUCUAUACGGAGGAGAAGGCUUUGCAUUAUUACGAUACAGCGACGCGAUAUCUGCUGAAGAAUCUUCAAAAUCCAAAUCGAGACACUGUGGUGUGCGCAACCACAGCCGUCAUUCUGAAUGUCUACGAGAUCAUGUCUGAGCGUGCACUUCAACGCAUGAACCACAUCGCUGGAGCCCGCGCCCUCAUCAAGGAAUGCGGGUGGAAUGCCCGAGCUCAAGGCAUCGGAGCGGCUUGUUUCUGGCUGAAUGUGGGUCUGGAAGUGCUAUCGUGUUUGCACUUCAAUUGGCAGGUCGCGUGGGACCCAGACGAGUGGGGCGUAGAUAUGGACUUUUCGCGCGAGCUUCACAAUGGACGCGAGGAAGUGUGGACUCACAGGAUGCUGUACAUCGUUGCCAAAGUGUGCAACUUCCGCGCGACAAUGCCACGUACACAAGAGCCGGAUGCUCGAGACCAGCAGGUGAAAAUGCAGCAGAGACACGAACAGUGGAGUCGACUGAAGGCGAUGUGCAGUGCGUGGAACGAUGGCAUUCCUAGGACGAUGCAUCCCAUGGCGUACCUCUACCCGUACCAGACCAGCUCGAAGUCAGUCUUUCCAGAGGUCUGGCUCGUUAAGCGAAGCACCAUCGUCGCUCGCCUUUUCUAUCACACAGCUAUGCUGUUGAUGGCACAGAUCCAUCCUUACUAUGCUUUGGACAACCCGGAGAUGUUCGACAUGCAGAAGCAACACUCGCAGAUGAUAUGUGGAAUUGUUGCACACGUCAAAGAUCGCGGCGUUGCUUCUGUUGCCAUCCGCUCCUUGGCUCAUGCUGCGGAGUGUCUAACUGACCGCAAAGAGCAAGAAGAAGUCUUGGCGGUCUUCGAGAGGAUCAAUAAGGAGACUGGCUGGAGGAUAGGAUUCGUGUAUAAGGAGCUGAAGGAGAAAUGGGGCUGGAAUGAGGAGCCUUCUCCGCAGCAAAUGGCCCAGACUCACACAGCUGCUAGACAAGCACGAGAAGCUCAGGAGGCACACCAAAGGCAGAUGCAGGAGCAAGCUCAACGAGCACACUCGUUGUCGAUGCAACAAAACUUCGACUUCAACCAGCAGCAGAGCAUGGCCUCGCAACCAGCGAAGCAGCGCAUACCUUCUGGAAUACCUAAUCCCCUUUAUGCCAAGGCAGACUUCAACUUGCCACAGCACCCAUACCAGAAUUUCUACGUGGCACCAAACCAGGCCAUGCAA